AUGGACCUGAGGUGUGCCUGGAUGCUCUGCAUGCUCUGCCUCACCCUUACRGUCCGAGCUUUUACCCAGGAAGGGUUCAAGGAGGUGGUGCUGAAGCAGCUGGGCCUGUCUGAGGUCCCUAAACUUCACAAGGGAGACUUGGUGAAUCUGGUUAUCCCAGACCACGUCAUGAACAAGUACAUGUCCAUGCUGAAGCGCCAGAGGGUGAAGCGCCGCGCUYUGCCGAGCCUGACUGGCAUCCUCAGGGGGAUCCCUGGACACACAGAAGUCCUCUACUCCCAUAUCACACGCCAGAAGCUGAUGUUUGACAUGGAGGGCAGAAUACCUAAAAACAGUGAAGUCACAAUGGCAGAACUGAAACUCUUCAAAAAGCCUCUGGACAGAGCCAACCUGCCUGCCAGGCAGUCUCACAGACCCGUCUCCAACGCCAGAGUCAGCGUGUACUGGGUGCACCGGCAGCACGACGGCACCAACAGGACCUCCCUGAUAGAUUCCAGGCUGGUUCCUAUACGUGAGUCGGGCUGGAAGAGCUUUGAUGUGACCCAGGCUGUGCAUUACUGGCUGCGAAACAAGAGGCAGGAGCCGAUGUUCCUGGAGGUGUGGAUCGAAGGGGAAAGGAUGGGCAGCUAUGCCUCGGAAAUGGCCAAAGCCGUGCGCUUCACCUCGCAGGACCCCAAGGAUAAAGCCCUAGGCAAGCCUGAGCUGGUGCUUUACACCCUCAACUUGGACGACUAUGGGAGCCUCGGGGACUGCAGGGAGGAGGCGGUGAUGGGGAAAUCCACCUGCUGCCGGCAGAAACACUACGUCAACUUCCGCGAGCUGUCCUGGGCGCAGCACUGGAUCCUGGAGCCGGCGGGGUACCAGGCGUUCCGCUGCUCCGGGAGCUGCCUGCAGCCCCCCCGCACCCUGCGCUACCCGGGCUCCGGGCAGCGCUCCUGCGCCGUGGCCGCCAGCUCCGCGCUGCCCAUCAUCUACCUGGUCAAGAGGGGCAACCGCACCGAGAUCGAGGUGGCCGAGUUCCCCAACAUGAUCGUGGAUAGGUGCAGCUGCGUCACGGAUGGCAUGGCGCUGGUGUGACCGGURCCCGGCCUGGUGUGUCACCCAUUCCCCGCAGCCCUGCCCUGACAAGAGCCACCCUGGCCAACAGCCCCGGGGCCAGUGAUGAAGGGCUGGGGAGGGUUCCUGCCUGCAAGGGUCAGCAGCAGCCGCGGCUGCAACUCCCCUGCCCCGGCAGAAAGGGUGCACUUAGAGGCACUGUCCGUGCAGAUGGGCUCARAGGAGUGUGCAUUUCACAUAUGUGAGGGUACCUAAGGAGCUUAGUGCUUCUCUGGGCCUCCUCGAUGCCUGCUAAAUUUCCCUGAAUUUAUUCAGUCCCCACCCUGGAAUGCUGCAAACAACUCCAGGCAAAAGAACAGUGACUGUCACCAGGUGAAGAACUGAUGAAGGGGCUCAGCUUUUCAUUCGUAGGCUGCUGGGUUUGGUCCUUGUCUACCCAAGUCGUGUUUAUGGUGAACUGGAGAGAAGAAGCACUUACAUGUAUGUAAUCUAUACACACACACACAUGCACACAUGUACAGAGCAUAUGAAUAUAUGUGUGUAUUGUCUACAUAUAUACACAUUUAUUACAUAUAUAUAUGUACAUAAAAUAUUGCCUUGAGCUCAAAGGAAUUUACAUAUGUGCAUAUGUAUUUACUGUACAUAUAUAUAUCUACAGCUACAUAAAAUAUUACCUGAAACUCAAAGAAUUAUAUUUUUAGCCUCCGUACCAUGGGCUUAACACUAUUUUAGGCAGAAUUUAGAGUCCUGGAAUCAACAGGAAUAUUAGGACUUAGGCACGAGUAACAGUUUGUUUUUCUGAUUCUGUAUUACACUUAUUUCAAUUUAUGGAUUUUUCCCAAAUUUUGUAUGCUUUCAAACUCAAGAAAACAAUAAAA